UCGUGUUCCUAUUUAGAGUCCAGCGGUUAGAGUAACACUCUUGUUGGUAUCUUUGAGGAUGGAAAUCUGAUCAUAUGGUAGUACGCUUCAUAGUCUAACGAUGAUGUUAUUAACGGGCAUGUUAUUUCUACUGUCUUUAUCGUCAGCCACAGACUGGAACAAGAUUGCAAAAGACAGCCUCAAAUCAGCAAUAAAACGAAAUAUCAACACCAAUGUUGCCAAAAAUGUCAUCCUGUUUAUCGGAGAUGGUAUGGGUAUGUCUACAAUAACUGCAUCUAGAAUAUACAAAGGACAAAAGCAAGGACGUCCUGGGGAAGAAACCGUUCUAAAAUUUGAAGAAUUUCCACAUGUUGCGUUGUCUAAGGUUUAUGGUGUUGACCGACAAGUUCCAGAUUCCGCACAGACAGCCACAGCGUUGAUGGGCGGGGUGAAGACAAACGUUAAAGUGCUUGGAUAUACUGAAGAUGUGAAAACUGACAACUGUUCUUCGGAAUCUAUAACUAAAAGGGUGUAUACAAUUUUAGAUCACUUCCAAAAUGCAGGAAGAGGAACGGGGAUAGUGACAACAGCCAGACUGACUCAUGCAACACCUGCUGCAGCAUACGCCCACACCGCGCAGAGAAACUGGGAGAAUGAUAAAGACAUGAUUAAGGCAGGGGUGACAGGGGAUUGUACCGACAUUGCUUAUCAACUUGUCAACGAUAACUAUGAUAUACAGGUAGCAAUGGGAGGUGGAAGACGAAACUUUCUACCAAACACAACAUUCGACCCAGAGUAUGGUAGACAGGGUAAACGACAGGACGGAAUUGACCUUAUUGAGAGAUGGAAAGAAAUGCAAUCGGCAAGAAAUCGAAGUCACCAAUACGUGUGGAACAAUCAACAAUUUGAUAGCAUUGACCCAAUGACAACUGAUUAUGUACUUGGUUUGUUCGAAAAUUCUCACAUGCAGUAUGAGGUAGACCGAAAUAGAAGUGCAAGUGGUGAACCAAGUAUAUCUGAAAUGACGGAAAAGGCUAUAAAUAUACUAAAGAGAAACACGAAUGGAUUUUUCUUAAUGGUUGAGGGUGGUCGAAUCGAUCAUGCACAUCAUGACACGAAAGGAGCCUUAGCACUAGAAGAAACCCUAGCUUUUGAGGAGGCAAUAUCUACAGCUUUAGAAAUGACUGACAAUAAAGAGACGUUAAUAAUUGUAACAGCUGACCAUUCACACGUGUUCACAAUUGGUGGAUACACAAACAGAGGCAAUGAUAUUCUAGGACUAGUGGAACCAUUUGAUGCCGAACCUUCUCUGGAUGGAAUGCCGUAUACAACUUUAUCAUACGGCAAUGGUCCCGGAACAAACUUUACAGCAGGGAGACAAAAUCUAAGUGAUAUCGACACAAGAUCGUUUGAUUACAUCCAACAAAGUGCUGUCCCAUUGAAAUUCGAAACUCACAGUGGAGAAGAUGUUCCAAUAUUUGCUUCCGGUCCUGUUUCGUACUUGAUUCAUGGAGUGCAAGAGCAGCAUUAUGUGGCUCACGUAAUGCAAUAUGCUGCUUGCGUAGGCGAUUAUACUAAUGACUGUGAUAGACAAAUUGAAACUGUUCAAACUUGUGCCGCUUUUCAUAUAUCUUACAAAAUUAGUAUUUUACUUAUAUCUUUUCUGAUUUAUUCAAUUGUUUCGUGAUCGUUAAAAGACUGGAAUAUAUGAUGGUUAGGAAGAUCUGAGAAAAAUCAGUGCGGUAUGGGGUUUUCCCGUCAAAAUGCAUUUUUGUGAUUAACAUAUGCUCAAGUUGUAAUCAGUUGCCAAAUGUUUUAGUUAAUAUAUUCACGUUGUACAAUAUGUACGUACUUCUUUUUGGUUUCAAAUAUUAUGUUUUACUUCGGACGCAUGAAAUUAAUUAAGUGUUGUCUUCAUUUUUGUAUGUGUACGCUUAAAAGAAUAAUCUUGGUAAAUAACCACAUUGAUUUCAAUAAUGAAUAGAUUAAUCAUUAGUUUGAAAAUAUCAACGACUAUUCAAUUGACCGUAUAUUUAUGUUUUUUGGCAAACUGAUAUUCCAAAUCGGUAAACUAAUGGGUACUUAUUGUCCAGUGAAAGCAACCAAUUAUUUUCUGUUAUAAAUGGAAGUAGCAUUAACGUAAAUACAUUUAACAUACAGAAAGAGAAGUUUUUAAAAUAUUUUCAAAGAUUCAUAAGAAUCGUAUUACACUGUUGUUGUUAUUAAAAUUGUUAUUAAAUUCGUUGACUGUC